GACCUAGACCAGGGCCCAGGUGAACCCUGGCCCCGUCAUUGUCCAGCCUGUAGGAGAAGCUGUGAGGGGCUGACCUGUGGCCUAGCUAACCUCAGCAGACCCAGGGGACACAGAGUGACCCAUAGGGCCUGCCACCAUCACCCACUCAGCUCAACAGCCCCGACCAACCCUGGGGAGGCUCCCGUGGGCGCUCCCUGGCUGACCAUGGCGGUCGCUGGGUGUUGGGGGCACUGCUGUGCUGUGAGUGUAUCCACAGGCCAGAAGGAUGGCUGUGCUAAGCAUGUGACCUCACUGGGGCCCAGCUGUCUGGGGAAAGGGAAGAGAGGGAGGGGACAGCCCUGAGAACCUGGGAGAGCGGCUUUCUGAGCUCUGACCAGCAGGCAGCGGGCCCCCUUCCAUGCCUUCCCCAACCCCUUUGCGGAACUGACUGCUGCCCCUUUACCUAACCCCCAGUACAGAAGCCUCCCUCACAGCAUCCACCCACAGCUCGAGAGCCCUGUAAGGAGCCUUGGGGCACGAAUAAUGACAAUAGUUCUCACUGAACUGAACCCUAACCCUGUUCCAGAGAAUAGCAAGGAGAGGACAGGCAUGCUCUCAGGACUGGCGGCCAUGGAGCUGAAAGUGUGGGUGGACGGCAUCCAGCGCGUGGUUUGUGGGGUUUCAGAGCAGACCACCUGUCAAGAAGUGGUCAUUGCACUAGCCCAAGCCAUAGGCCAGACAGGCCGCUUUGUGCUCGUGCAGCGUCUCAGAGAGAAGGAACGGCAGCUGCUACCCCAGGAAUGUCCUGUGGGCGCCCAAGCGACCUGCGGACAGUUUGCCAGUGAUGUCCAGUUUGUCCUGAGGCGGACAGGACCCAGCCUUGCUGGGAGGCCCUCCUCAGACAGCUGCCCUCCCCCUGAGCGCUGCCCCAUCCGAGCCAGCCUUCCCCCAAAGCCUCGACCAGCACUGGACCGUGAGCCCUGCAAAGCACUGACCUUCAGCCUGGGGUGCCCUGGGCAGGCCCCCGGCCCUGUGCUACCCGAGCCUCUGGCUCCUGUAGUGCCAGUGCCAGGCUGCUGUGCAGACCUGCAGGGUCUGGAGCAAAGGGUGCGCAGGAACGCAGCAGAGCUGGGCCAGGAGGCCUUCUGGGAGCAGGAGCUGCGGCGAGAGCAGGCCCGGGAGCAUGAGGCACAGGCCCGCCUGCACGCGCUGAGCGCAGCUACAGCUGAGCAUGCGGCGAGACUGCAGGCCCUGGACGCCCAGGCCCGUGCCCUGGAGGCCGAGUUACACCUGGCUGCCGAGGCCCCGAGGUCCCCCUCGCCCACAGCGUCUGUGGCUGAGCGCCUGCGCCAGGACCUGGCUGCCCAGGAGCGGCAAAGCAUGCAGGUGCAGGGCAGCCUCGCCCUAGUGGGCCGGGCUCUGGAGGCUGCCGAGCACGCCCUGCAGGCCCAGGCCCAGGAGCUGGAGGAGCUGAACCGGGAGCUGCGUCAGUGUAACCUGCAGCAGUUCAUCCAGCAGACGGGCGCAGCGCUGCCCCCGCCCCCAAGGCCGGACGGGGACCCUGCUGGCACUCAGGAUCUUCUGCCUCCAGCCAGAGAAGAGGCCCUCACGGGAGGCCCCCGGAGUCCGGCCCUUGUGUCCAGCCUGAGCCCAGAGAUUGCCCCCAUGAGGCAGAACUCCUUGAGGUAGCAGCUCUAACCCCAGAGUGGACGUCCACAGCCAAGGCCUGCCAAGCCUGGAUGACAGAGGCGAGCCCGUGGUCACAGAGGACUCCUUCCACCGUGCAGUGGGAAGCCCUGGAACCUGGAGCCUGAGAUGGGACACCUUGGAGCCCUAGGAUUCUUGCUGCAGGGUGCACAGAAAGGCUGAAGACUCUUGCCCUAGUCUUUGCUAAAUCCGCCAAGACCCUGGAGAAGCUAGGGGCAUGGCCAGCCCUGAGAUCAUAGCCCCCAAAGGCCACAGCUCUUUGUUGGGGACAGGAGGUGCACAGACCCUGUGUUCAACCUAUGGGUAUGUGCUUGUAUGUGGGAGGUAUUCUUGCCCACAUCCAUGUGUACACUGGCUCCCUACACCACCUUUAAAACCUCAAUAAACUGCCUCCCAUGGCU